AUGUAUUCUUCUUCAGGAGAAGUCACAAUUUCAAAUAACAUCAAGAAGGAAAAUGUAAAGACGGACAAGCGAGAGUGCAUCAAGCUUCUAGCGCUGGAUACGGCGGAGUUGUCUAUGGAGCGCGCAACUUCGAACACUGAUGCAGUCCACAGUGAACUUCUGGUGAGCGCGGCUUCCUCGCUGGCAUUCUCCCCCGAGCAAGUGGCGUGCGUCUGCGAGGCUCUGCAGCAGGGAGGCAAUGUGGACCGGCUGGCCAGGUUUUUAUGGUCCUUACCACAGAGUGACCUGCUACGUGGCAACGAAAGCAUCCUGAAAGCCCAAGCUCUUGUCGCUUUUCAUCAGGCUCGGUACCAGGAGCUCUACAGUGUUUUGGAGAACCACAACUUCAGUCCAUUCAAUCACUCUUCGCUGCAAGAGCUAUGGUAUAAGGCACGGUACACCGAGGCAGAGAAAGCGCGGGGGAGACCCCUGGGCGCCGUGGAUAAAUAUCGCCUGCGGAGAAAGUACCCACUACCCCGGACUAUCUGGGACGGGGAAGAGACAGUAUACUGCUUCAAAGAGCGGUCCCGCAACGCGCUGAAAGAUCUAUACAAGCAGAAUAGAUACCCCUCUCCAGCCGAGAAAAGAAACCUCGCUAAAAUCACGGGACUGUCCUUGACGCAGGUCAGCAACUGGUUCAAAAACAGGAGACAGAGGGACAGAAACCCGUCCGAAGCACAAUCAAAAAGGUGAGAAAAUAAUCCGUUGAUUGCUUGAUUUUACGCAAAUGGCACAGUGUGCGUAAUGGCGUACUAAAUUCAAUAAACUCAUAAAUGCAUUACCAGGAGUCAUUUUGAGAGAUUAUUGCUGGCAAGGUCGAGCAGGCUUGCCUUGUAUCAUACAUGCACACCUGACUGUAGCCUCUAACUAUUGCGUUGUAAUCGCUCAUAGAGCUUGGUGUGUGAAUUGACAGCGUAAAUCAUUCACAUUAUAAUAUUGGCACAAAAAAUAGUGUGCCAGGUAGCAUACACGCCGCUAAUGUUUUGAAAUAUGAGGCUGUUGCCAUCCAGAUCAGGUUUCAUUUGCGUGUUCGGGCACUAAGAGCAUGGACACUAGUCCAACAUAAGCCUACUCUAUUCCAAAUAUAACUUUCAUAGUCUAAAUUGUGUUAUAAUGGUGUUAUAAAUAAGUUGUUUUUAUAGAUGUAGCCUAUAAAUAUGAAUAGUCUCCGUUCUUGUGUGUGUUUGUGUGUGUGUGUUCAAAACCAACUGAAUCCAAUUCUCACCACAUAAAUCACUUUGGCAAUUUACUUUUCCUCUUAAGCCGGGGGGAAUCGGAACACCUCCCCCUCAUUAGAAAAUCCCCCACCCCCAGACAGAUAGAUAUUAUUCCCUUCUUUUUAUGUUUUCUUCUCUGUGAGCAAAGCUCGCGCGCACCUGGUGGAGGUGACCUCUUACCCACCCGGCACACGCUGGUUGAAUCAACGUUGUUUUCCACGUCAUUUCAACGAAAUUACGUCGAACCAGCGUGGAAUAGACUUUGAAUUGACGUCUGUGCCCAGUGGGUACUCUCUCUCUCUCUCUCUCUCUCUCUCUCUCGCUCUCUUUCUCUCUCUCUCUCUCUCUCUCUCUCUCUCUCUCUCUCUCUCUCUUCUUCCUCUCUCUGUCUCGCUCGCUCUCACCACAAACUUCCCAAAAGAUGAUGUCAUAAAUUGCUCAAAGGCAUUUCCACUUCAUUCCAGUUUGUGUGGGCCAAUAAUUAUAUUGGCAAUGACUAAACAUUAUUGUGCUUUGAGUGACAAAAUAAGUGAUUAUAAGCCGGAGUUAUUGAGUUAAUUUAUGGAGAAGAGGAAUAGGUUUUACGCUUCUUCAAUAAUUGGCAUACAGGCCUCAGGACGAUGAAGAAGAAGUUUCUCAGAGUCAAUGAGGCUCUUUAUUUUAGGGAAAUGCAGGUGUUUCAGUCACUCACUCAUGGUGAAAAAUACGAUUCAGAUGGCAUUGUUCGAUUUCCUAAUAUUUUACUAACAUUAUUAACAUAAAAAGUGAAGCUACGCCAACAGAAAAAUAAAAAAACGUUAUAUGCCAAUGACCACUUAAGAAAUUACAAAUAAAGGUAUUUGACCAUUUGUGUUGUCAUGCUGCGACCACUUGCAUUUGUGACCCCGUAAUUUAUUGCGCCAAAUGGUAGGCCUGAAGGAGUAUAACUAAAGGAGGGCUAUAAUACAAUUUACUCUCCAUGUGGUAAAACGUUUGGUAGUAGACUUUCCUCAUUAAAGCCAUGUUUGUGAGAUCUCCAUGGAUCACCUCUGUUGUUGUGCCCACAAAUAUCCUAUAAAAUUAUAUAGCCUAUGUAAUGUGGUUGUAUCACUAUUUCAAUAGGCUAAGAGAGUUGAGGUAUGGAUAAAGUUGCUUUGACAUAUCAGCCAUAUUUCUUUGUAUGCAAAUAAUGUAUUUCUAUGAUUAUUUCAGUUUCAAAAUCUGUCUGUCUCACUAAAUCUGUUGGUAGUAAGACUCCACCUCUGCACUCAUCAGUGACAGCAACAUAAGUCAAACCAGUAGGACAACUUACUUUGCUGAGCUCAAUUCUUCCUCAUACAAUUCCAUCAAUAAAGUCUACCAUGAGUUAAGAAGAGGACAUAUUUUCUUCAGAGUCCCUGAGCUGCUUUCAAUAUCUCACUCUCUUCUCCCCCCGGCAUUUUUUCCCACAGUGAAUCUGAUGGCAACCACAGCACAGAGGAUGAGUCUAGUAAAGGGCAGGAGGAGCUCUCUCCACGCCCCCUCUCCAAUUCAUCUGACGGGACGAUGACCCAUGGGGUCCUCCCCCUGCAGACAGGGUCUCUGGACUGUGGGGUAAUCAUCCAACAGAUUGGGGACAUCAAGAUGCCCCCUGGAUCCAGCAGCGGGGUGCUCUUCAAUGGAAACCUAGUGACAAGUAACCCCUCCACUGUCUUCCAUAACGGUGGCUCGUCUUACCUCCAGGCCCCCAGCAACAUCCUGUUCAAUGGGCUCAACCUGGGUGUCCAGCCCCUGGCCUUCAACCCCCUGCGGCCCUCUGGGGGGGUCCUGAUGGGGGGCUCUGGCGUGGACAUGCAGAUGCAGGCAGGCCAGGAGAAGGGGCUGGGCGGCUCCAGUGUGGACUACGCCUCCUACUCCGGCUGUGUAAACGGGGCAGAGGUGAAGCUGGAGGGGGUUCACAGCAUGGCAGCUCAAAAUGGCGACUCGUCCAUCCUCACGUUCAGCUCGUCCUCAGGGGCGCUCCAGCUGGGCGGUUACAGUCUGGUCCACGUGCCCAGCGGCGUAUCCGACGGCGAAGGGACGUCACUGCUCAACAGCAACUUGGGUCUUCCUCCUCUGCAGCUCCCCUCUGGCUCCUCAUCACUCUCACAAGGUGGGUUGACUUUACCUCAUCUACGUGGUUGUGUGUGUGUGUAUCUGGGGGUGUUGGGCAAGGCAGAAGAUACAUUUCCAUUCUAACCAAUGAACAAUAAUGUUGUAUUCUAUUCUAUUCUACAUUGAAAACAAAAAAUCCACAUUUAAGUUGUGCUGAUAGCAGUUUCCGAGGUAUUGGUGACAACUAGACUGUUCUAUAUAUAGUAUUAUAGCAUUUUAGGUGCUCUUCCAACUGCUAAUAGAGAAAGAGAAGUGUGCAUUACAUUAAAAUGGUGGUGGAUGACCCUAACCUUUCAAACAUCUAAAAUAUUAGAGCAACUAAACCCCUCUCCCCUUCAAUAAAAUGUAUGAGUCCUAGGUUGAAAUGGAAAUGGGUGUAGUCACCAGCUCUGUUAUGCAUUCAAUAUGACUGAGCUGCCUUAGCAUUUGGCCUUCUUGACUUUGGGUCUGAGCCCAGAGGCUUUUUACUACACUGCAAUGAGUUGGGGCUGGACGCAAAGGCCACACACAGACACACACAGACACACACACACACACACAUCCAUAUUUUCUUGUGUGGUGAUAUAAGGUGGUCCUGGAAAAUUAUAGAGAUGAAUGGAACACAGGUUCUGAAGUCAUCAUCAGUCAUCAUCACUGCACACUCCUGACCUCAGGGGGAGAGAGGAGGAGAAUCUGUUUAAGACAAUCACAGGACUGAAAAAAACAUACUAACGAGGAGAGAGUCAUUACAGCACUUAAUUUGACACAAAGCAGAGAACCCAUACCAGGACAACAGCAAAGUAAAAUGGAAAGAAGAAAGCCUUCUUGCUGGCCCAUAGCAGGCUUUUACAUCAAUACAACUAUCCUGGGUCCCACAGGGCCAUCUUAAAAAAACAUGGAGUUGUGAGAGAGACACAGCAGAGAUUUCAGAUGGAAUUCUGCUGCAAGUUAGAGUAGGAGUGAGUAACAGUAAGAGUGAAGCCAAAGAUUUACAGAACUAUGUUAUAGUCAAGAAAGAGAGGAGGUUAUAGUGGUUCAGAGAUAAGAGUAUAAAGUACUGUUAGACGAAUGAAGUAUGAAGUGUUUAGGCUAAUGAUCUGUCAUUUGAAUAUCUCAGGUACAAUCCAAAUGAACAAUGUAGCAGUCAGUUCUUCCAGUGAGGACUCCUACCACCACCAGCACCAUCAGGACAAGCUGGGCAUGGCCCCCAUGCACCCCAGCACGGUGCUCUACAACAUGGGCGAUGCUGGACAGACCUCCAUCAAAAAGGAGCCCCUGGAGGGAGGUGGGGGCGGUGGGGUGUACUCCUAUCACCAUGGCCUUCACAUGGACCCCAGUGGGCAGCUCAGCUACUCCUCAGCCCCCCUAACCUCAGAGGAGGUCCCCUCCAGCCAGGGCUCCUCCUCUGACGUGACAACGGUCAGCUCCUCCAGUCCAGAGCCUGAGGUCUACACCACCCUCACCGUCAGCACCCCUCUGAUGGUCCAAACAGACCCUAACGGCCACCAACUCCAGCCUGGGGAGUACCUCAGGGGCCACAACCCACAGCCUGUCCCCUCCUCACACCUGCUGGGCCCUGGCAUGAACAACAACUACAUGUCUGUUUCGGAGAACAAGGUGGACGCUAGUGGUGGUGGGGUGAAUGAGAUGGUGCGGGUCAUGUGUGGGGAAAUGGAGCCGGGGGAGGAGAAGGAGCUGGCCAAAUUACAGACAGUGCAGAUGGAGGAGGACAUGGCUGACCUUUAA